UGUCGCGUCAACUGAGAAUUCGUUCAAGAUUACUGAACACCAGGCUCACGAGACUUCGCUGGAUUUCAUGGCGUCUUUGUCAUCAUACUGAAUAGGCUCUUGCUUAUCUGACUGUGCACUGUGCAGCUGCAUACUCUUGAAAUGUAACCAGCCCGCAGACACCAUCGCGCCGUCAAGUUUGAAUGUAUAAAGGUACCCAACCAUGUAAAUUAUCAACACCCAGUACUGAUAUUCGGUAUCCUAUCCUGAAAUCGCUCACCAUGCACUCCUUUCUCAAGCUCAUCUUGGGCACAGCGCUUCUUGCCUCUAAUUCCAUUGCUACAUAUUCUCACAAAAAGAUUUGCACGGAUUACGAGAUCCCUGUUACACCAACAUCCGUCAAUCUCGUCUGGGGUAAGAAGUUCGAGACGAACUUUGAUGUCGUGGAUUUCAUCAGCAACAUCAAUAGCAGAACGGCAGCUACCUCGUUCAAUCCCUACGACUCGAGUUCAGCACCGGUGUUGACAACUGCGUCAUAUACCAUCUCGGCGACUUUCUGUACCCCAACGAAGGGUGCGAGUGGAAUUGUCUUACUCCUAAGCCAUGGUUUGAAUUUCGAUCGAAGUUACUGGGACCCGGAGGUGUCCAAAGAGAAGUACAGCUUCGUAGAUUGGGCGAUCGCGCGAGGAUAUUCAGUCUUCUACUAUGAUCGACUGGGCGUCGGGAAGUCUACUCUAGUUUCCGGCUACGUCAACCAAGCAUCUAUCCAGAUUGCCAUAUUGGAAGAGCUUGCUACGUCUGUACGAGCUGGAAAAGAUAUCGGGGCACUUGGAUCGCCAAAAUCUCUCGUCCUGGUGGGACACAGUUUCGGAAGUGUGCUCUCGGCAGCCCUCGUUACUGCGAAGCCUUUAAUUGCAGAGGGAUUGAUCUUAACUGGUUUCAGCUUCAAUGGGACGAACGGCGCUGGGUUCUUGGAAGCAUUCCAGCCGCGUAUUGCAUCUGGAGAGAGUCCAAAAUGGAAAUCACUAGACUCUGUAAGCGCUCUUUUGCUAGGUAUGAAGUACAUCGACUCACCAGAAACCUCGCAGGGAUAUCUGACGCCGACGGAUAUUUACUCGAAUGUGAACGCGUAAGCGAGUACCUGCCCAUUUCGUAUCCAAGACUAAGUCAAAGCAGGUUCUUUAAAGCUCCAGAUUACGAAGUAAGUAUCGCCAAAUAUGCACACCGAAACCGACAGCCAUUCGGCAUCAAUGAAGCCAUCUCCGGAGGACUGCUUAAUCUAGCACCUCUGAAUUUUACAGGCCCAGCUAUGGUAAAUUCUCGUGUCACACGUCUCGUGAACGUACGCUGACCGGGAGCAGGUCAUCGCAGGACAGUUCGAUCUAAUCUUUUGUACUGGACAGUAAGCUAAUAUAGACUUACACCAUCUACUAGAGCUUGAAAAUUGAUAACGGCGUAGGUGCGAUGAAGUGAUUGAGCACCCUGCCAAAGAGAUUUUCCAUAAGGUGAAAGCGAAAGCGUUCAAAGCCGUCAGCUACCCGGGGGCUGGGCAUGGAUUGAAUUUCGCUUUCAAUGCUACGGGAGCGUUUGGGCUGAUAACUGACUUCCUGGCUUCGAACGGGCUGUAAUCGCGUUUCAAGGUAAGCGCUCAGGCAGCUGGGAGAGAGAUUGUGAUCAUUUAGAAUAGCUACCUCAGAUAGUGCACUUGUAACACGCUUUAUCAAUCUCUUCGUCUGCUAGGACGGGCUCACCGAUCGUCCUUGAUUCAAUACUCAUGCUCUUCCUUUUCUAUCUUUACUUCAUUCUCUUUCGAGGGCCACCUCGAGAUUUCGCAGAACAUUCAGCUAUCCCACUGAAGAUGCUGAAAUCAUGGCAAAGAAAACCCCGUUAGCACCUCAAGCAUAACCAGUCGGAGCUUCCAGGGAUGAGAA